AAAAGUUUCGGGAAGAGCAGGAGGGAGGGGACAGAGGAGUAAAAGUGUAAUAAUCCGACAGCGAGCAUGACCGACGCCGAGGCGCAGAGCGCUCCACCAUCGGCACCGGUGGAAGACAAGCCACAGCCGGAGAGGAAAGUCAUAGCCACCUUGGUCCAAGGCACAGUGAAAUGGUUCAAUGUGCGGAAUGGAUACGGCUUCAUAAACAGGAACGAUACUAAAGAAGAUGUAUUUGUUCAUCAGACUGCUAUCAAGAAGAACAACCCUAGGAAAUUCCUCCGCAGUGUGGGAGACGGAGAGGUCGUAGAAUUUGAUGUGAUUGAAGCAGCCAAGGGCUCAGAAGCAGCCAAUGUGACCGGCCCAGGUGGUGUUCCAGUCAAAGGGAGCCGCUAUGCACCCAACAAACGCCGCUUCCGUCGACGGUUCUUCCCCCGCAGCCCUCGGCCUGGUGACCAGAGCAAACCAGCAGAUAGCCAAGCCACUGUUGAGGGUGAGGGAUCAGGGGAGAGUGAUGGAACAAGACCUCAGCAGCGCCGUCGUAGGCCCCACAGACCACGGCAGGAUGCACAAGAUGGUGAGUCUGGAGAGCAAAAGAAUGAAGUAGCAGAGGGUGACCAAACGCAGCGACCGCAACGGCGUAGAUUCUGGCGUCCGUACCGCAGACCGUUCCGGCCUCGCCCACAUUUUGAUCAGGGUGCAGAUGGCGAGCAGGCAGCUGCUCCAGAGGAGAGCCAGGAGCAGGGUGAGAUGAAGCAGACGGAGGCCUCUGAGGGCCCACAGACCAAUGGAGAAGCAGCUGAGGGCCAGAAACAACGGCGCCAGACUAGACGCCGCAGGCAAAGGAACUCGGAGUCAUCUGCCUCAAAAAAUGAUACAGAGAAGUCUGCAUCAGAGCCUGGUACCCCCCCUCAGAAUUCAAAACCAGCUGACUUGAAAUCUGCAUCAAAAUCACCAAAGGUUUCCCCUAAAGCCUCUGCAAAAACACCCAAAUCACCUGAGCAGGCAGCUGCCACAACAGUCCCAGCCCCAACAGAGUGACGUCAAUGAGAGGACAGUCACGUGACCCUUGGCAAGAGGUGGGACCAACUUUAAUGUGGUGCAACCCUGGGUCAGGCGGGGUGGGAGACAUGAGGGUGUAGAGUUGCACUUCUUGUGCUACACGUCCCACAUUGGCUAUCUUUUACAGAGAGCAGGAUGACGGACAUUAACGGGCUGUUGAGUCAAGAUAAUGGAUUUAAAGUGGAAAGGACUUUAUGUCGAGUCUCUAAAGACUGCGUACAUUUGGACUGAAUCUUUAAUGCAGGGAACGUUUUUGCUCAAACUCUGGAAACCUGGAUUUAGAUUAAUAUAAUCCUUGUUUCAGAGUUAGACGUGUCUUUUUGUGUCUGUCUUUCUUUCAAUCCCUGUGUCUCCCUUGUGUUUUUUUUUAUUUUUUUUAUUUUCAUUUUUUGUUUUGUUUCUCAUAGGUCCUAGGGUUGGAGGACUGGACCUAUUUCAGAACACAUGCACUGCUCUCCCCUCCCUGCACUCCCCCAUCCUCCAACCCACCUCAUCUCGCUGUCAUCCCCUCAGGCCCCUUCCCCCCUCAUCUUGUGUUGUCCUGUCUAGACGCUGUGUGGAGAGGAAUGGGAUAGGGAAGAAAUGGGAUAUAGGUGGGUGGUGGGUGCAUGUUUAGAAAUUAAAAAUACAUCUUGAAAAAGAAAAAUGGGAAAGAAUGGACAAUCUGCUUGGUAGCCCAGUUAUUCCAACCCCACUUUAAAAACUAUUUUCCUUUAAUUGACCAGAUGGGGCACAUCAAGUAGUUUAGAGGAACCAGCCUUGAUUUUUAUUUUAACUUCUUAAUUUGGUUGAAGAGGGGAAAACCAAGCAGGUGUGAGGUUGGAGGUGCAUUAUGGGAGUCAGUUUAGUUCUGUGACCACCUCAAUCGAUUCUUAAAACAUACUACUCCCUUCAUCCUCCUCAGUUGAGGAUAGAUUGAAAAGAAACUUUAUUUCUCUUGUUUUACUUAUUUGUGCAUGCUUUUCUUUGGAGGGGAUUAUGUGCAAUGUCAAUACUUAAAAUGUUAAUGAAUAAACCAUGUUUGCAAAUCUCAGGAUUUAGUCCUUAUUUCUUGUCUAGGUUGCAGAUACAGAAACUGCUUUGCAGUUUUUGCCUUUGCAUGUUUUUAAGAAAAUUCGAUUACUUAAAGAAUAUUAAUGGUCACUCAUUAAUGGAAGUGUUUUCAGUAACAUUAUUUACAGUACUUGCAUCCUUUAGUCACAACAUGACCACAGCAUCAAUAUUCUCUCUGUACAAAUUACAGGUCCUCUCUGAACAAUCUCAUUACAAAUUUUCUUCAGAAGGUAGUGAUACACACCAUUAAAAGAAGACGGCAAACAGCACACAUGACAGAUGCAGGAAAAAUACAAACAUGAUGCUUGUGUGAUACAAAAUGAAUCUACAAGAAGAUCUCUUUACAGAACCUUUAAAUUGCACAUCUUGCUCUAGUCUGAGGCUUCUGUUUACAAAACUAAACACCAACUGGAGUGCAUAAAGAAUUGAAACUUUUAGACCCUCACACCCUUAAAACUGUAUCAACAAUCAAACGACACACUAUAUGUACAGAUGAAGUACUAAAAUAGAUAAAUAUUGUUUCUUUUUAAAAGUAGCAUUUCUACAUGUGCAACAAGUUUCACAAGAUCAGAAAA